AAAAUUCGUGAUUCAGCAAAAGCCCGGGAAUUUACUACCGCCGUCGGUAAGAUUUGGCGGGAAAAUGUUGGAGAAAGCCCUUGAUUUAUGCUAAUCUUCUCCUUCAUUUGUACCAUCACCGGCAGUCCUGCAGAAGACCGAACUACAAUCCCCAAACCUUUUUGGAUUGUUUCAGCAGCCUCUAGAACCCGCCAAUGUCAACCAGAGUGGUGAUGGAGGACGCGAAAUCAGCCCGGUCAUCGAGCAAAAAGGGCGGCGCGGCCGUGUGGACUGCUUUUCUGAGAGAAUUGAGUCCCUGGAGACAAUCAAGGGCUUUUCCUAUCUCGAGGUUGGCACGAUCAAGGGCAUUCAACCAGAGGUCUUGGGGUUUUAUGUAUGGUUGAUUGGUUUCGUUUUUAUGGUUUUAGAAUGCUGAACCAGAGGCUUUGAAGAUAUUGUUAGACGUGCCAAAUACACCUCCGGAGCAGUUUAAAACCAAAAACCUCCAAUAUUUUGCAUCACCAUGUUAACCAUGUUUCGAGGACAGUUAAAGACAAGGAAGAGGAAAGAAAUCCAAAGAAAAUAAAGUUGUCAACAGCUAAUGAGAAAGCUGAGUUCAGCCCUUUCAGUGUCUGAUAUCUAGGACAAGUAUAAGGAUGAUGGUCUCCAAGAUUCAGAGAAAAUUGCUGCCUUUGAUUUUGAUGAUUGUCUAGCCAAAUACAUCUGUUAAAAGAAUACAGGAAAAAGAUUCAAGUAAGCAACCCCUAAAGGAUUGAAAGUCUCUGUCGAGUUCACUGUAGAAUAUGAGCAUGACCCGCUAAUUACAUUUUUCUUAUUUUUUAUUUUUUAUUUUUAGUUUGUUACUCGAGAUUAUUGCAAACUAAUGUUGACGCAGUCUGCCGUCUUCAGUGAAAUGCUUAUGGACUUGCUCUUGGAAAUGAUUUACCAAGUUAAAUUAAAUUUAAAAAAUUAAU